AUGGUAGGACCUGGAAUGUGCCGUCCUGGUAUUCGUGGUAUUAGAUCUUCUGACAUAAACAGACUUUUCUUCCUUACAGAUCAGCAAGAUGGUCCCUACGAAGGUCGCAUGUUUCAGCGCCUUAGUUAUAUUUCUGAUGACAUAACAAAAUUGGCCGUGGAUGCCAUUGUCAACGCGGCUAAUUCAUCGUUGUUGGGUGGUGGUGGUGUGGAUGGCGCAAUCCAUCGCGCCGCUGGACCAGGGCUCUUGAAAGAGUGCCGUGGUCUUGGAGGUUGUGCUGUCGGAUCGGCCAAAAUUACGGGAGGAUAUAACUUGCCCGCUAAGUAUGUUAUUCACUGCGUGGGACCGUCGGAUGGAAGCGCUGAAGCGUUGCGCUCUUGUUACAAAACUGCCAUGAGAUUGUGCACCGAGAACGGUAUCAAGAGCGUGGCGUUUCCCUGCAUUGCUACUGGAAUAUACGGCUUUCCAAAUAUGCCAGCUGCUCAAAUCGCCUUGAGAACGGUGUGGGAUUACCUGGAGGCGCAUGAUGAUAUUGAGCGCGUCGUCUUCUGCUGCUUUUUGGAUGAGGACUACCGAAUUUAUCAGGAGUUGCUUCGUGUCAAGUAUCAGGAAUUUACCUCCUCAACAUCAUCCUAG